UUCAUUUAUUUUUCUAUUAUUUUAUGAUUAUUUUUUUUAGAAGGAUUAGAACUUUACCCUAAAAUUUAAUCAACGACCACUGAAAUUCUUCAUAUACGCUAAUAUCAAUUUUACAUCUUUGAUUUCCAAUCAAGUUUUCAUUUUAUUUUUUUUUCACUCCGAAAAUGAAAUGCAAUUAUCGUCUUCUCAAAUCCAUCAAGCCUGCUACCUCCGCGUUGACGCGCCCAACAGUGCACCGCCUCGCCAACACUACACCUCCGCACCCACCACCAUGACUACACCUACGCGCACGUCACCGCGCCACCACUGCAAUAUCGAGGUUAGGUUAAUUGAUACUGGUAUUGGAAUGACAAAAGAGGAGCUUGUUGAUUGUUUGGGUACUAUUGCACAGAGUGGCACUUCCAAGUUUUUAAAAGCAUUGAAGUUACUCGAAACCUUUUUUUGUGAUAUAGUUGAAAAUCAAGACCUUGGUGCUGACAAUGGUUUAAUUGGACAAUUUGGUGUUGGAUUUUAUUCUGCCUUUCUGGUUGCAGACAGGGUUGUUGUGUCUACAAAGACCCCAAGGUCUGACAAGCAGUAUAUCUGGGAAGCAGCAGCUGACAGUAGCUCAUAUGUAAUCAGGGAAGAACUGACCCUGAAAAGAUCCUGAAGUGUGGAACAGAAAUCACGCUGUACCUAAGGGUAUUUAUGUUUUUACUUGCUGAUUCCAUAUGUUGUUAUGUACAAUAAUUUCUACUGGAGGUUAAAAUGAUAUUCAUGUUUGUGGUGACUUUGAUGUGUGUGCUGUGUUCAUUAGUUUCUAUGAAUUCUGCAAUCUGCAUAUUGGCUAGAUAAAUCAUUUUUUUCUUUUUGAGAACGAAAGUGGUGAUAUUAUUAAUCGAAGAGAAUUAUGUUAUAUCUAACUUGGUUUUUACUUGAUUUUGGUGGGUAUCUAGAACUAUGAGUUAAUAUUUUGUCCCAUGUAAUUUUGGUGUAAAAAUAGCUGAAAUAUGUGAAAGAAUUAAUUGAGUGGAGAACUAUGUCAGAUUUGUGGAGAUGAAAUAAAAUCUGAUGGACAUAGUGAACCAUUUGUUGCUUGUAAAGUUGCAAUGAGUGUGCAUUCCUACUGUGUUGAGCUUGCUACGAGCAUGAAUGAGGCAAAGUGAAUCAAAGGUAGCUAAUUUUGCCUUUUCAAUGGUUGUGUUUCAUAAUUCAUUUUACUAGAUAUGAUUUCUGGUAUUGUCUUUUUGUCAUGUUAUUGCGAAUUUUAGUAUCAUGCUCUUUAAUUCUGUAUGAAUGUGUAAUUCAUUCUCUAAGUGAUUUCUCCCUUGGGUUUUUGCAUUUUUUCCACAUUGUCUUUCAUAUAACUGUGCUUUUGCUUUUAAAUUACAGAACAUAGAAUUUUGUAGUAGAACUUUAUUUUAUGUUGGAAUUAUUUUUAUUUAAAUAAAUGUUCACUUAUAUCUUAUGUUUGUUUUGUAAAUUUACAACGAUCAAAGAAAGGGGGAAUGCCGAGAAGAGAAGAAAUAAGAACGAUUGAUUGUAAAUAUUUUUGUUUAAUUUGUACCUCUUGUUAUGUUUUAUCUUCAUGCUAUAUUUAUUGUAAUUUUUUUUUUAUUUUUAGUAUAUUCAAUUUUUACGGGUUAUUGGCUUGCCAAGUUAGGGGGCGAGGAUCAGCAGGAACAAGCUACAAAUGCAGCAAUGUGGCGCUCUAUUUGGAGUGUUCGUGGCCCUCCCAAGCUACAACAUUUUCUUUGGAGUGCGGUUAAAGGGAACUUUCCUGUAAAAGAUAGACUGGCUUACAGACAUAUCACACACGAUGCUUCCUGUCAGGUGUGUGGGGUGGAAAGGGAGACUAUUUUUCAUGCUCUGUUGGAGUGCAACGCUGUAAGUAAGGUUUGGGCGGUUAGUGACUAUAAGGAAAGCUUGGUGGGUGCUCCUAACUCUUCUUUCUCUGAGUUUUGGGUUUGGUUAAACAGUAAGUUUUAUAGGAGAUGCUGUAAGGACAUUUGCUACUCUAAUGUGGGCUGGUUGGAGGUGUCGAAACUUAGCAAUUUUUGAGAAUGAGCAUCCUAGCUUUGUGAUGGUUGUUGCUGGGUUUCUCAGGAUGGUUUUGGACUAUAACUCUUACGCCCAGAAGGUUUUUAUAGCUGCUGCUGCUGGGGUUACUACUGCUCUCAGGUCUGAUGGAUGGAAAUGCCCUCCCAUGGGCUGCAUCAAGGUUAAUACAGAUGCCCAUAUUCCUGCUGGGGGUAUGGCUAGCUUAGGGGUGGUGUUUAGGGAUGUUACAGGUGUUGUCUUUGCUGCUGCUACACGAAAAGCUCACACAAAGGUGCCAUAACAUGUUGAAGCUCUGGCCAUCAUAUAUGACCUGCAACUUGCUAGGAGUUUAGGAUACUCUCGACUUUGGGUGGAAUCGGAUGCUAUAAAUAUGGUUCAAGCUGCGCAAUUUGAUGAUGGUGGUUUGGCGCCUAUCUACAUUCUCUUUGAUGAUAUUAGGAAUGAUAGUUUGCCCUUUGACAUAUGUGCGUUUUCUCAUGUUAAGCGUAAUUUCAAUACGGUAGCCCACCUAGUGGCGAGUUGGGACAUCGGAAACAAUGUUGAGUAUGUACGUUUGGGUUCCUUUCCUCAAAGCUUAAGUACUUUGGCGGAAAUGGAUCUUCUUUAAUAAGAUGGGCUGCUAUUGUGUUUCAAAAAAAAAAAAAUUUACCUUAAAUUUCAAAUUUAAUACUACUGUAAUUCGUUUUUAAAUUUGUUUCCUAAUUAUUAUAGCAAGAAAUUAAAAUACGGUAUUUCUGUAUAAUACCAUAUUUUAGUUUUUUUUUUUUUUUUUUUUAAAAUGAGGAUUAGGGAACUGUUAUCUAACUUGACCGUUCUUUAUUCCUUCUUUAUUUUCUG